GGAGCUGCACUCCAGAAGUGUUGGAAGUUUGUCCAUCUCUGCUGUGGACUCUGCACCACAGCUCCUCUGGUUGGAGACCGGUGACUGUCUCAACCGUUCCCCUCCCCUCUCCGUCCUGCACCCUCUCAUCCAUCUCAUCGGUGACUCUAUCACUUACUGAUCUGCUCAUUGGAGGAAUUUACCUGGAGGAUAAUGACCACGAGUCCACUUUGCCACAGUUUUUGAUCACUCGUGCUGCAACAUCAAACCCACAGGACGAACGUCUUCUGCUCAGGGUUUUCUUUCCCUCUGUGGAAAAUGAAGGGGCAUCGGUUGCUACCGCUAUGCGCCCUUCUGGGGCUCCUCUUUGUUGGACUUCCAAAAAUUGAUGCUCAGGAUGAUUGCACACAUGGGUUGCCAGCCGAUAUAUACUUUCUAGUGGAUUCAUCAUGGAGUAUGGGCAAAGAGAACUUUGAGCAUGUCAGACAGUUUCUGUACAGCACAAUACAAGCUCUGCACCACGUCUCAGAGGGAAAGUUUCAGUUUGCCCUGGUGCAAUACAAUAGCAAGCCAGGGACUGAAUUCCAGCUCAACAGCUACCCGACCACACAGGGAGUCCUGGCGCACGUCAAGGCUAUGUCUUAUCGCGGUGGGGGCACUAGGACCGGCCUGGGAUUGAGUUACCUGAUCCAGAAACACCUGAAUUCAGCCUCGGGCAGCCGGGCAAGUGACGGAGUGGCUCAAGUGGUGGUGGUUCUGACAGACGGGCGCUCCCAGGAUGACGUGGCCGAGCCGUCUCAGGUGCUGCAGAUGGCAGGCGUGGAAGUGUUUGCAGUCGGAGUUCAGGACGCUGUGGACUGGGAGCUCAGGGAAAUGGCUAGCCAGCCCCAUGAGACUCACGUUUUUAGCGUAGACUCUUUUUUGACUUUGUGGGACAUUGUCCAAGAUUUGGUAGUGGGGAUUUGCGGCGCAGUGACCCAGUCAGGGGGGUCUCCCGUGGCUCACGAGGCCCCCGUGGUUCGAAGAGGGACAGCACAAGAGUCUGCCGACCUAGUUCUCUUAAUUGACGGAUCACAGAACGUUGGACCAGCAAACUUCCCAUACGUGCGUGAUUUGGCUUUGAGAAUCAUUGAGGGCCUGGAUGUGGGCCGGGAUUCUGUCCGCGUGGCCUUAGCCUUGUAUGCCAACGGCCCAGAAAUCAAGUUCUAUCUUAAUAGCUAUGACAGCAAAGCAACAGUCCUCGAAGCUGUCAAAGGACUCGCCUACCCAGGUGGCCAGGAAUCUAACCUGGGCAUGGCCUUGGAGGAAGUGGCCACGAGCCUCUUCAGUCAGACAGCUGGCGGCAGGGCAGAUGAGGGUGUGCCCCAGAUGCUGCUGGUCAUCAGUGCUGGGCCAUCCACUGACGAUACUGGGGCUGGUGACCGGGCCGUUAAAAAGGCUGGCAUUAUCACGUUUGGCUUUGGAAUUGGUGAUUCAUCCACUAGUGAACUGGAGACUGUUGCCACGGACAAAUCGUUUGUCGUAAACGCUGCUGAUUUCAGGUCAGCAGCGAGCGUGACUGACCGGCUGCUGCCUUAUCUUAAUGGGGUGGUCCAGCGAACCAUUAUAAUUCAGACAGAGUUCACAGAAGGUAUGUAACAUCUCAACACAUGAUAGCAAAGGAUCAUGGUUUUGGUUCCCGUACCCGAGUCACAAUUACUGAGUACAUUUGCCAGAUACAAACAGACGGUAAGCAAGAGGACACGGCAGUCCUCAAGGAGAAUGACAUCUUAUUGCAUUCGCUCAAACCAGUGUGGUAAAAACGAAAUGAAAUGAAACCACGAGAGAACCUUUCACGAAUAAUCUGUUACGAUGUCAAAACAAAGCAUCUUUUCAAGAGUAAAGGCUUCACCUGAGCCACAAACCACCUUAGAUCUGGAGAAUAUUGACUUUCAGAACUAGGACAACUCCUUAUGGCGCAAACAACUUUAUGAACAUUGACAAAGAAAAUUCACGAAAUGUAAAUGUACUUUCAUCAUUCAUCCAUCAGGAUGAAUCCAUGAAAUUAAAUACAACCAGAAUUUUCUUCCCUUCCAUAAAAACGGUAUGUGGGUUUUACUCAUACCAACUAUUCAGAAUAUCACAUUAUCU